AUGGAUGCCGUGCCCCUUUUCGUCAGCUUCCUAGGCGUUGUUCUCGUCGUCUAUCUCGUCGAGCGAGCACUCAACACCGUCAAGAAUGGUCGCCGUCCUCCGCUGCCGCCCGGUCCCAAGGGCCUCCCGAUCAUCGGCAACGUGAACGAUUUACCGAAGCCGGGCGAGUUCGAGGCUCAACACUGGCUGAAGCACAAGGAACUCUAUGGGCCCAUCAGCUCCAUCACGACAAUGGGACAGACCUUGGUGAUUGUCAACGACGCGCGUUUGGCGACUGAGCUCCUGGAUGGGCGUUCGGCCAAGCACUCCUCGAGACCCAUGCAGGUCAUGACGGGCGAAAUGAAUGCCGGCAUCUUCUUGACACUGACACAUCGGGACGGCGGCAGGGUCGGCUACAAGGACCUGCUGGGUGGCUUGCCAUAUGGCGAACAAUUCCGCGCCCAGCGCAAGGACGUGAGCCGUGUCUUGGGCACCAAGGCGGCCGCGGCGAAGUACAACACCCUGCAAGAAGCCGAGGUGGGCCAUUUCCUGCUCCAUCUGCUCGACGACCCGGACAAUUUGGUUGAAUACAUCAGAAGGGAGGCCGGCUCGUUGAUUCUCAAGAUCACGUACGGGUACACGGCGGAGGCAUUCAAAAAGGACCCGUUACUGGAGAUGGUUGGAGAAAUGGCGGACAACCUCAUCAACGGCGCCGUCCCUGGCGCCUUUCUGGUCGACAGCUUCCCCUUCCUCUGCCCCGGCACCUCCGGUAACCCCCCACCGGCUUGCCGACUCUCUGACAUUGACGAUGAAGUCCGCUACCUGCCCGACUGGGUUCCCGGGACCGGGUUCAAGCAGAUCGCCAAGCAGUGGAAGGUCCAGAUGGAGGAAACCAGAGACAAGCCGUACGCUUUCGUCGAGCACCAGAUGGCGCAGGGCAAAGACAACGUCUCGUUCCUCUCGCGCCUCCUCGAAUCGGAAGACCCCUCGCCGGCGAAGGAGCACAACGACAAAUUCAUGGCACUGUCUAUGUACGGAGGCGGCGCCGACACAACAGUAUCCUCCAUCGCCUCGUUCUUCCUGGCCAUGAUGGUGUAUCCCGAGGUUCAGCAAAAGGCCCAGGAAGAGAUCGACCGCGUCGUGGGACAAGACAGGCUGCCCAACGCCCACGACCGCGAAAGGCUGCCGUACAUCGACGCGAUAGUGAAGGAGCUAAUGCGGUGGAACCCCAUCGGGCCCAUGGGGCUCCCUCAUUCCAGUACGGAAGACGACGUGUUCGAGGGCUACUUCAUCCCCAAGGGCGCCAUGGUGAUGCCCAACAUCUGGCACUUCGCGCGCGACCCCGAGAAGUACCCCGAGCCAACGGCCUUCAAGCCCGAGCGUUUCCUCGCCAGCGACGGCCACGAACCGGAAGCCGACCCCCAGAAGUUCGUCUUCGGGUACGGCCGGCGCGUCUGCCCGGGACGCAUCCUCGCCGACAACUCCAUCUUCCUCAACGUGGCGCAGACGCUCGCCGUGUACAGCCUGACCAAGCCGGUCCGCGACGGCAGGGUGGUCGAGCCGAGGAUCAAGUUCACGUCGGGGGUGGUCAGCCACCCGGAGCCGUUCGAGAUCUCCAUCAAGCCGCGGUCGGCCCGUCACGAGGGCCUGAUCCGCGCCAUCGAGGAGACUUUCCCAUGGGAGCAGAGUGACGCCCAGACGCUGGAGAGGAUGGAGGUUUGA